CAGCACUGGUUUGUGGGCAACUGUGGACAACAUCACACCCAAACCGUCGACUUAGUACGAAUGCUUGAUAUCUUAUACUCAUUGAUCGACUGAACAUGGGACAAGGCUUCGGAACCUUUAUUUCUUUCUUUCUGUCUUCAAAGUAGAGCAAUUUAAAUCAAAUGGCAGGCAUCAAGCGCUUGCGACUCGUGGUUGUCGCAGCGGUCCUCUUGGUCGCGGUUUACUGGCUCGUGCGGGACGCUGAUGACGACCAGAUUCGGCCCGCCCCGCAGGCAGACCCCAACCCAAAAUUGAAUCACGGGAGCAUCGGUGGCAGCAAGCACGUCGAUGGUGACGCGUCAUCCAACCAUAACGGAGCUGGCAGAGGGGGAGCUCUGGCCAAGCCUCCACUCCAGGAACCUUCAUCACCCAUCGGCACGCCGCUGACCCCGACUCGGCUACCAGAGCUUCCAAACGCCCGAGUCGUCAAAGAUGCACACACGCUGCCGUCUGCAGACGACUUUGUGUCGCACCUCUGGGCCGUCACCAAUUUGCCCGGCCUCGGUUUGAGGGAGGCCAAGCAGACCUGCACUUGGAAGCCCGACGAAAAGGUCAACUUUCAAUUCGACGAUGCGGAGGACUGGGUCAAGGCCGAUCGGCCAAAUGCCGAAAUCGAGGCUCGCAGGGCCGAGUGGCACGCCUUUGUCCGCGGGGGCAUGAUUCCCUACUCUGCGGUGGCAGACCGCUUCACCAACCGUCGAGGCCUGGUCAUUCUGGCCGGCAACCAGGAUACCGUCUCCCGCGUCGGCGUGAUCCUGCGCGCCCUGCAAAAGUUGGGGAGCAAGGUCGCCAUCGAAAUACACUACUUUGGUGACGAGAUGUCUGAGCAUGACAGGAUGAGCCUGUCGUCGGUCUGGCCCAGGAUGUUCUUCAACGACCUGUCUGGGUCGCACAACAUCAUGACGCCCAAGAAAGACGGCCUCUACAUCAACUACCAGCUCAAGACGGCAGCACUCGUCAACUCCCGGUUCGCCGAGCCCCUUCUCCUCGACUCCGACAACAUCCCACUGAUUGACCCGGAUACGCUCUACGACUCCGAGGUCUACCGUGAGUAUGGGACAGUGUUCUGGCCCGACAUUGCUCGAACCUGGCCCCAGAACCCAGCCUGGGCCAUCACAAACACCAACUGCCGGAUGGACGAGUAUGAGCAGGAGAGCGGGCAGCUGCUGGUCGACAAGACGCGCUUCUGGUACCAUCUGCAGCUGGCGGCGUGGUGGAACAACCAGCACGGCGACUACUACAACAAGUUCCUGCUGGGCGACAAGGACAUGUUCCGCUUCGCGUGGCAUGCCCUCAAGACCGAGUACGGGAGGCCCAAGAAGUGGCUCGCCAGCGUGGGCACGGAGAACGACGGCUUCUACUGCGGGCACUCAUUCGCCCAACACCACCCCGACGACCACAGGGUUGCUUUCCUGCACGGCGGUCUGGUCAAGACGGUGAGCCUCGAGGUGAUGCGCUGGAACAAGGAAGUCAAGGGCGGUUAUUUCCGGCACUACAAGCGUGCGCCGUCGGACGAGGAUCCCUCGGUCAACGUCCACGUCGGCAUCAAGUUCGACUCGGCCACGUACAAGCCCAACCACCUGCCCGACUUUCAUCCAGCAAUGUGCACAGACUUGUACGAUGUGAAGGCGCGGGAUUUCAACGAGCUGGUGCCAAUGUGGGAAAAAACAAUGGACGAGAUUCGUGGGUACUGGCAAUUGGUUCCCGAUAAGGCCCAGAGUGGAAACGGCUUUGGGGGGACUGACUAGGUAAUCCUGGUGGUCAUCAGUGGGUUCAGUCACGGCUACUCCUGGCUGGAGAUGGGUGGAUGGGUGGUGGGUGGGUGCCAAAUAGUGACCCCACAUCGCCAAAAUAGCAAAGCAAAAACAUACAACACCGAGGAUUCCCCAGUGGUCACCCACCUGAGUACUAGUUCGGCCCUCACUGGUUUGACUAGGGGAGAGCGGACGGGAUCCCGUAUAUUCCAGUGGGUAUGGUCGUAUGUGAUUG